CAAUUGGAUCCAUUGGAUCUACUUCGAGUACCUCCCCAAAUAGUGCUGUUGCUGCCCUUCUCACGUCACGCCUGACUUUUACUUCGCUUGCCUCUCCUCUUCUGCCUCUCCCCCUCUCUCCUCCUCCUCCAACUCUAUCCUAAUCUUUUGGCUCCAGAUAAAGGAGGGAUAUAGGUUACUAGAGAAUUUUGUAUUGUUUCAGAACCUAGUGUACACUAAGGAUACACUGCAGUACCUUACCUUGCGUACUCUGUUUGCACUAACGCACAGUAUCCUUGCUAGACCCAAGCGAGCUUUCUCUUCCUUCUUGUUGACUUGGACUUGGACCCCUCGCCUCGACUCGACGAACGCGCCUCUUCAGAUCGAUCGCAAUAUUACGACUUCUCUGGAACCUUCAUCCAUGGGUUGCUGACCGACAUUUUCAACUUGUUGUAGCUGACUUGGACGAUCUGCGCCGAGGUUCGUCUAGCAGCUGGUCAACUCCUGUCCUACGUCGUCAUGGCUGCUCAAGGUGCUGGAGAGCAUGUUUAUGCUACGCUUCUUCUAAGCGAUUCCUAUCUUCCUGGCGCACUCGUUCUCGCUCACUCUCUUCGCGAUGCAGGAGCCCGUCGCAAGCUAGCAGUAUUGGUCACACUCGAUACCGUGUCCGCUGACUCCAUUACGCAGCUCAAGAGGGUUUACGACUACAUCUUCCCUGUGCCGCGCAUUCGCAAUGACCACCCGGCCAAUCUGUACCUAAUGAACCGUGGCGACCUGCAUUCAGCGUUUACCAAGAUCAAUCUAUGGAAACUCACACAGUUUUCUAAGAUUGUCUACAUCGACGCUGAUGUGGUAGCAUAUCGAGCUCCUGACGAGCUUUUCGACACGCCCCAUCCCUUCGCAGCUGCCCCCGACAUCGGCUGGCCAGAUCUGUUCAACACUGGUGUCAUGGUUUUAGAACCCAAUAUGGGCGACUACUACGCUAUGAUUGCCAUGGCUGAGAGAGGAAUUUCGUUUGAUGGCGCCGACCAAGGCCUCAUCAACAUGCAUUUUGGUCAACGGUAUCAUCGAUUGAGCUUCACUUACAACGUCACACCAUCUGCACACUACCAAUACGUCCCGGCGUAUCGACACUUCCAAUCAAGUAUUAAUAUGGUGCAUUUCAUUGGAUCCAACAAGCCAUGGUUCACUGGUCGAGACGCCCCUUCUGGCAAUAACCCCUUCGGUGAGAUGACAGGACGAUGGUGGGCAGUCUACGAUAGGCAUUACCGACAUCAAGAAUCUUCUCCUGACAAUGCCUCUUCAACUCCUCAGUAUGUCCAAUAUUUCACCAAAGGAGAAUGGCACCCUCAGCCGGUCCACGCGCAGUCUUCUACCAGUGAACACCACAGCUCCGGUUCAGCUGAGGGCACGCAUCAUUCAGCUCCAGGUCACGAACACCAUGCAUCUCAGGAGGAGCAAGGCUCAGGACACCAUCACUCAGAAGGAUCUGGGCAUCAUGAAGGAUCGCACCAUGGUGGAGGAUAUCAUGAUGGGUCAGAUUCUGGUUCGGCUCAUCAUGAUCACCAUUCUGCACCUCCUAGUGGUCAGCCGGUCUCAGCUCCUGAGCAACACCAUGAACAGCAUCACGGACAACACGCGUCUGAACAUCAGCACCAUCACCACGAAGAACCAAAGAACGAGCCACCCCCGAUUACAAUGCAUGAUUGGGAUGCUCAGAGACAUCCCCCUCCUGCUGAUUCGAAACCGGAGGCUAUGAACUUUCCUUCCACUCAUUACGAAAUGUCACGCGAUACAGCCCCGUUUAUCCCGCCUGAACGAUACCCAAGUCCCCCAAAGAAUAUGUGGUAUGAGGUGCCAAAGGAGAAGCCAGCUCCACGAUCAAAGCCAGCUCCGGAGAUCUUCCCGUGGGAACGCAACCGACCUCGUCCAACCAGAUCAUUCAUUGGGGAACCAGAACCGCCAGCCCCUGAACCGGAGCCUACCCCUGGAGAGUCCGGCUCAGACCCUAGCACAGGAUCUACAACUCAGCUUUCAGUGAAAACUGAAGGUCUUACAGAGCCUUCUGAGGUGACAACAUCGGGAUCUGGGGCGAAGAACGAAUCGAAUGCAUCUACUCCGAUAGUACAGAUUACCCCAUCAGACCCUUGGACGUCAUACACACGCACAAACGCCUGGGAUGAGGUGCCUGAGAUCGAGCGGUACGUUGAUCGCCUGCAUGGUGGUCAUCGACGUGGUAAGAGUUCGACCUCUACGAUAGGGCGCGUGAAGAGCCCAUCAACUGGUGCAUGGAGAGACGAUCGGAGCAACUUUAAGAACCGCGGCCUGAAACUCACCGAUUUCCCUAGCGCUACAGAACGUCCCAGCCUGCCUGUCACACCAGCCCCAAUUCAGCGGCACUCGUUCUGGGCAGGAGACGACGGGGAACACGAGGACGAGGCAGCAAAGAAGCUUCCUGAGGCUGAAGGCGUGCCGACGCAGUCUGACUGGGUAUGUGUGCAUGGGAGACGUUGGAGACCGACAGACUGCCUGUGCGAGGUGACUGACUUGGUGCUACAUCACCAGGAUCCGCUAGCACAGCUCCAGAAGCUUGCUAAGCAGCAAUCGGAUGCGUUGUUAAAGAAGCUCGGUGGCGAAGAAGACGAGGGUAGAGAAGGAGUGAGUCGAGAGAUUCCAACACGUGCAUUACCCUUUGGUUCGGGUGAUGCCAAGUCACCUACUUAUGUCGCGCAGUCCGCUGCAGGCGUGCUCAGCCCACAGCCGGUAAAAGGCGAAAGGUCGGCAGGCAUCUUGCGUGACAUGAGCAGUGGCCGUCUCGAACCUGAAUCAACUUCGCAAUCGACUACGAUUCCCGAACCGAGCUAUACCGGGCCUGGCGCUGCCUGGGAGAAGGAUGAAGAUAUACCGCAGUAUGAGACGCCGCUGCCACCUAAGGAGGGGGAGCUAGAUGCCCUUAACGCAUAACAGGUCAUCUGGGCACCAGCUACGUCCAUUGAACAGGGGAGAGACAUCGAAUGUUUUAUCGUCUCCCACUACGACAAAUGAGGAUGGGGAAGAGUUAAGAAGGAAUGAUUAAUGCGUUGCCGUUUCAUGGCUAUGAACGGACAUGGUAAUAGAUAUAGGUACGACGAGGUGCACUUGAGUAUGUGCGGCAUGGACGCGGGUCAGCUUUUCUUUGUUUGUCAUUGCUAUUUUGGUUCCCUUGUGCCAUCUGGUCAACAAGUUUCGAGGUUUCCCCGUCAAUGGCAGAGGAAGAGAAAGGAGGAGGAUGUAUUUUUGUUGAAAUAUGGACACUAUGGCAGCGCCUUUACCGUGUCGUUAAAGAGUAGGAAAUUACCUCUGAAUCAUCUUUGGAUUCACCCAUAUGCUCUUUGGUCUCUUACCUUCUUGCAUUUCUCGUUGCGUUCGUGUUUUGUUGCUACGUUUAUGUUUUGCGCGCUUUCGAUUCACCAAUGCUCUGCACCAAUUCAUCAGCGUGCCUUGACUGGUUUCAUUCAUCAUGGAACGGUGUUUUCCGGUUUACUCAUACUUGUAUAGUUACGGAUUGCUUUGGGUAGCUUGCAUACCAAGUUUCAGAUGUACAAUACUGGCUUCAACAAAUUUAUAUUUCGGGGUGAAGCUCCUCUGUCAUGCAUGCCAUUGAGACGAACAAAUAGUACAUAACUCCUGUGAACUCCAUGCCGCUAGCAAUCGGGAAAUACAAAUGCAGUCUUGGUCUUUACUAGACCAACAGAGAUGGGUGCAAAAUGAUACAUGCAUAGAAUGCCUAUUGGUACCCAAGGCAUAACUAGUCCUUAACAUUUUCCUCAUCCUCAACCUCCUCGACAGUUGCGGCUCUCGCCUUGCCCUUCUCCUUUGAGUCAAUUCCAGACCCCUCGUCUUCAUCACUAUGGGAUGGCGGAGUGCCUUGUGGUGUAUGUUCAGCUGUUGGGCUCGGCUGAGACGUCGCCUCAACAGGGGCAAUUUGGCUUGAGCUUCCUUCAGCCUGAGGCUCAUUCUGCGUUACAGGGUCGGCAUGAUCCAGGCGAGAUCCGUUGCCAAACAGUUGAGCUGAACCGCCCCAAUUGGGCAUGCGAGGGCUAGGCGCAACAACCUGGGGUGGUUCAACCGCCCGUGUGAAAUGUGGUGUAAGUUGAGGGGGGCGCUGUUCAGUUGGAGUCAUAGAAGAGGGGUUCUCAACCGGUUGAGCUUCCUGGUUACGGCUACCAAUUGGCGAGGGCUGUCUCACAGUCGACGUUGGCUGAGUUACAUUAAUAUUAUCUGCAACAGUUGCCUGGGGGCCAACCUGCGGCGAAGGUUGCGUCGAGGCUUGGCCACCAUCAAGACGCUGUAGAGGAAGCAGAGACCAGCCAGGAGGGAUGACAACGCCUUCUGGGAGCUCAGCACUGCCAGCGGGGAUAGGUACGGCGUUGAGGGGAGCACCAUGGCGAGCCAUAAGGGGGCUAGGAUGUCGCGGAGGUAUGCCUGGGAAUUGGGGGAAGCCUGGAGGCAUAGACAUCUGGGGUGUCAUAGGGAAUUGCUGGGGAAUAAGAGGUUGGGGGAGAGGUACCGCAGUAGGAGGUAUAGCCUGUGUCUGUAUAUUUGGUUGUUGUUCUGGGUGUUGCUGUCUCUGUCUGAGACGGUAUAACUCUGCCUGGAGAAGAUGGAUGGUUUGUAAUUCUUGAUGCGCAAGCUGCAACGACUGCAUCUCACGCUGGAUCAGCUGGUCUGCUUGACUGAUCAAGUUUCCAACAUUCUGCAAGUUAUCUCCAGUAGGAAGAGGAGUCGCAGGAGCAGCCUGACCAGCAACAAUAGGGGUACCAGCGCCCGGUGUGGGGGGAACCAGCCCUUGAGGGUUGGGAGCAGCUGGUGGCACGCCAAAUUGCUGCGCAAGUUCUCUGACUUGUUGUCCGUUGGCACCAAAUCCCACUCGAAGAGGGCCAAUGUUGAAGAUACGAGGACCAGCUGGCCGCUGUUCAGGUUGUGCUCCUCCGUUCUGUUGCCCCUGAGCGGGAGCAUCUCCGGGGUUUGCUGCUGGUUGGUUCGCAGGACGCCUGCCUCCAAGCUCAAUUCGAAGACCAGCAGCCCGGUUCUGAUCUGCACGAGGAGUUGUCUCGCCAAGAGUAACAGGGCUUCGACAAGUAGGACAAACCUGCUGUCUCUCGAGCCAGCUCUUGAGGCAGCCGAGAUGCAAAAUGUGUCCGCAAGGUAACUUCUUGGGUCGAAUUCUAUCCAUUGCGCCUGGGUUGUUCUCUGGAUCCCAUGGUCGCAUCUCCUCGCGGCAGAUAAUGCAGGUGUCCUCGCGUUCAAGCUCUUCCUGAGUUGCAUCGGGAUAACGAUUCAUCUCUUGAAUGGCUUUUCGAUAUCGCAAUAAGGCACCCAAGCGCUUAAUGAAAUCCCGGGCUGUCAUAAAGAGAUCCCUCAUAAUAUGAAUGGGCAGUCCAUAGAAAGCCAGAAGCAUGAAGAAGAACACGAUGUAGAUACCAAGUUUAACCAAGUCUGUCAAUGUCAGUAGUGCCCCUCCAAGCCUUUUUGCUUUCAACAUACCUGUGAUAAGGUCCAGCCAGAGGACAAACUCUCCCUUUGCAGACCAACCUGGUACUUCAAUAUCCAUUUCAUCGAUAUCGUCCUCGUUGGGCAGUGGCUCGUCCGAAACUUCUUCGCCAGCGGCAGCCGCUAUUUCACGUCGUCGGAUGAUAGCCUCACGCUCUUGUCUGACCUCUUGUCUCCUUUCGGCCAGACGCUUACGUUUCUGCGCUUCCUGGAUAUUUUGCUCCGUCAACGACAGCGCAUACCGGGCUGCCGUCCGCCAUGAACUGGUGGCCAAGACUGCGAACUCGAAAAGAAACAUGACCAUCAUGUUGGGUCGUGCUUGUUGGAUGACAGUAUUGAUCGUGUAUCGGAGAAUGUAGAUAUCGUAGAUGAAGCUUAGGGUGAGCGACACACUGAGUCGCAAAUGGAACAAGCGAGGGUUCGCAGGCGGUUGUUGCUCGAGGACCUCAACUCUCCCAUCACCAAUCCAUCCCCACACCUUACCUGUCACCAGAGCUGCAAACAUAACCAGAAACCAGGCUCCUAUCUCUUCGCGGAAUAUGGUCAUUGCUAGACAUGUCUCCGUGAUCGCAAACCAGGCACGUUCGGUUAGUUGCUCGACUUCGACGGCGCGAAGAGGGCCAAAGAACAUCCGUGUAAGACCGUAAACGAAGCUGCUGUAGACAAGGAAGGAAAAGUUGACCAAGACCUGGACAUGAUGAGUUCAGUAUCCUGCAACAGCUCCGGUGCCAGGAUCGCGCGGAAUAACGUACCAACAAACAAAAGUUGCUCUGAGCGAGAUAUACCAUUGCCGAGUAAAAGUUGGCCCUCUGAUAGAAGGCCGAGAGGACAACGCCGCCCGCGAGAGCCGUCGAGGCCUGUGAAGCAAAAUGUCAGCAUUGGUCCAGAGUGAUCAGCUAUAGCUUCUCCAAGCUCUCCCACCACAGUAAUACUUACCCCAGCAUACCAGCCAAGUCGCAUCUUGGGCAUGGGAGUUGAACGAUGAGUAAUGAAUUGGGUACUUGUUAAAAUGUAAAAAAGUAACCAAUCACUCCUCUAUCCCCAUGGCUGAGUCGGAUUCGUAUAUGUAGCUUUUGGUGAAUGUGCUGUAAUUACUUCACUGUAUCAAAG